UGAAAUGACCACCUGAUACAGAUCUCAUACCAAUGCUCAGUUUGGUGUGUAAUUCUAGAGAGUUUUUUUUCUCUUCGGAGAGUGCAUGUGAUCAGCACAGGGCCAAUCAGUGCUGUCCAGACAGAGGUCAGGUGUUUCACAUCCUCCUAGAGCAGAAAGAAAACUCCUCCUGCAAGCUUUAACCAGUGCUCUGCUGAAGUCACAAGCCUGCUCUAACUGCUGAUGAGAAAAGGUAUUUAGCAUAAUAUAGUGAAAGUAAGGUCCUGGGAGAUCAGAUAUAGUGAAUGUAGGGUCCUGGGAGAUCAGAUAUAGUGAAUGCAGGGUCCUGG